GUCGAUGACUCCCAUGCCGCUCACAAGGCAGCCUCUGCUGCAACAGAGGACUGGGAGGAUGUUCCUCGCAAAGUCAACGCGCCUCUGCCAUCACCUCCGAGGCCUGCGGUACCAGACCCUCCGUCUCCACAGCAGGCAAUGCCGCCGCUUCCGGCACCACCCCCGCCAGUGCCGGUACCACCACCACGGCCACCACCAAUACAGGAAGCUUCGCCUGAAGCACUUGAAGCACCUGCAUCAGGAGCGACUGCGCCGCCAAUCGGCGCAGUUCCGUCUUCUGCCUCAGCUCUGGGACAGGUGGAGCCACCUGCGAUGGAACCGGCAGAGCAAGUGAAGCCGGCGGGAGACAGUGCUGAUCCUGAAGGCGAGCCAGCAGAGGACUACCCGGACGAUAUCUACCAGUAG